AUUUGGCGCCUCUCCCACCACUCCGAAAUUCCAGCAAUAUUCCUUCCCUUCCCUUCCCUUCCUCCCUAUAAAUAAAAUUCUAUUUGCUAUCAAUUCACACUUUUUUCACUUUCUCUCUCUAAAAAAUUUCCUCUCUGCUGUUUCAACUUAACGGCGACGGUUACUGUGAAUGGGAGCUUUCCGUAACGGUAACGGAGGUGACAACACUGCUUCGCCGUCAAUGGAGGAUCAACGCUUGUGGAAGCACGUUCACGAUAACGUUCACGGCAACAUUUAUCUCGAUCCUCUUGCUCUGAAAUUUAUCGACACUGAGCAGUUCCAAAGGCUUCGGGAUCUGAAGCAACUUGGUCUAUCACACAUGGUAUAUCCUGGAGCAGUACAUUCUCGGUUUGAGCAUUCAGUUGGUGUUUAUUGGCUUGCUGGUACUGCAGUUGAAAAAAUCAAGGCACAUCAGGGGUUAGAGCUUGACAUUGAUCACUCAGAUAUACAGACUGUAAAACUUGCUGGUUUAUUGCAUGAUGUCGGUCACGGGCCAUUCAGCCAUUUGUUUGAAAGAGAAUUUCUUCCUCAGGUUAUUGAAGGCUCUACAUGGUCCCAUGAAGAUAUGUCUUUGCACAUGAUAGACUACAUGGUUGAUGAACAUUACAUAGAUAUUGAUUCUGAACGCCUGAAGAAAGUGAAGGACAUGAUCAUGGCUGCUUCUGAAAAGGCUGUAAAACCUGUGCAGACUUCAAGAGAGAAGGUUUUCUUAUAUGACAUUGUUGCAAAUGGUCGAAAUGGCAUAGAUGUUGAUAAAUUCGAUUAUAUUGUCCGUGACUCUCGAGCUUGUGGUCUUGGCUGCAACUUUCAGUUUGAAAGGCUGUUGGAUACUAUGCAAGUCAUAGACAAUGAAAUCUGCUAUCGUGCCAAGGAAUAUCUGACGGUCCAUAAGUUGUUCUACACCCGUGCUGAUCUGCACCGCACAGUCUAUACACAUGCUAAAGUGAAGGCUAUUGAACUCAUGUUUGUAGAUGCUCUUGUAAAGGCGGAUAACUAUCUUCAUAUUUCAUCAUAUAUUCGAGACCCAUCUCAGUACUGGAAGUUGGACGAUUCAAUAUUGAAGACGAUUGAAACUGCAGAGGCUGACGAGCUUAAGGAAUCAAGAGAUCUAAUUCGAAGAAUUCGGAGAAGGGACUUGUAUCAGUUCUGCAAUGAGUUUACCGUUCCCAAGGAUAAGUUGGACCAUUUCAAACGUAUCACUGCACAAGAUAUCAUUUGUUCACAGAAAUCUGGCGGGGUUAGUCUAAGAGAAGAAGAUCUAGCAGUGAGCAAUGUCAAAAUUGAUUUGACAAAAGGGAGAAACAAUCCUCUUGAAAGCAUCAACUUCUUUGAGGAUUAUAAUAGCAAAGAGAAAUUCACAAUUAGCAAAGAUCAGAUAAGUAACUUGCUGCCUGCAUAUAAUCAGGACUUGAUAGUGAGAGUGUACUCCAAGAAGCCUGAACUGGUGGAAGUAGUUUCUGAAGCAUUCGAGAAUUUCCAAGUAAAGACAUAUGGAGUGAAAGCGCAAGUACAUGGAACUCCUGAAAGGAAAAGGCGCAGGAUCUUCUCGUGAUUGUCUCAUGCUGUUUCGCGUAGAAGAUGUACAUGCAGAAUAUAUACGGAUACUUCACUUUUAGUCUAUCCGAUAGAAUUACAUAAAUACAGGUAGAAAACUUAUGAUCACUGCUGGGUAGUCUUAUGUCUGGUACUGCAGCUUAUUACAGUUGUAUGGAUGGUCGUAUGCUAGAUUUACUAGUAAGAAAAACCUUUGAUGUGGCAAGUGGUAAUAUCAUUUUUUUAAAUGAUGUAUGUCUUGGCAAA